CAACUGAAAUAUGAAGAGCCUCUUGUCACUGCUUAGCCUAUUCGUUGUCAUCGCUGUUGUGGCGGCUGGCUACGGUUAUGGUGGUUAUGGAGGAUACGGAGGAUACGGAGGAUAUGGAGGCUAUGGCGGCUACGGAGGGUAUGGUGGAUACGGCGGCUACGGUGGCUUCGGUGGAUAUGGCGGCUACGGCGGCUAUGGACUCGGCGGUUACGGCGGUUAUGGUGGAUACGGUGGCUAUGGUGGUUACGGAGGCUAUGGAGGUUACGGAGGCUAUGGUGGCUAUGGAGGAUACGGACGCGGCUUCUAUGGGUAGAUGCAUCAGUGAAGCGUAUUGCGUGUAA